CCAGGCAGAAAGGACGGGCCAGGAACCUCUUUCACCUUAUUUAAAAGCUUGAGCUUGUUCUGCGUUUGUUUGUGUUUACUUGUAUGUUUUUGCAGCUCAUUUUUCUCUUUUCUUAUCCUCCCAUUCGUUUUAAUACAAAUCCCUGUACCAUAAUCAUACAUACACCUCCCCUCUAUUUUCUUCUUCCUUUUUGUAACUCAGACAGUCACAGGCAACUUGUAAUUGUAGAGAAGUGAGAAAAGGUACACUCAAUUUCCAAAUACAAUCCUUCUUUUCUUUUUCUUGUUUUUCUUUACUGUAUAACUCUGGCAUUGCCUCAACAGAUCUGACCUCUUUUUUUCUUUCUUCCUCUCUCUCUCUAUCAAUUUCCUAUUCUCAGUUAAUCACUUGGGAAAGACUUGGUUUCUCCUUAUAUACAUCAAACUGUGGUUCUUCUCCAUUCUAAAUUACUAGUCCAGCGAAAUCUUUCCUUUGUUUUUGUUUUUUUUUAAUUUAUUCUUUUCCUGUUUUCUUGGUGUUUCUAAAUUUUGAAUAAAGAAAAAGUUCCCUACUUUGCUUCCAAGUUAGUGCAUAAAUGGCAUAUUGGCAUUUGGUACUGUGUGCUUUUUGCAUUUUUGUUCAUUGGUUAAUUGUUGAUGAUAAAUAAAAAACCAAAACAAAAAGAUCCGGUUGGCCUUCACUGACAUCGAUUUAACCUUUUCUUCCAUGUCAAGGAAAUGAUUACAAAGCAUGUCUGGGUUCCCUUUUUUUCCUUUCCAUGCUGUGGGUAGCAAGCCAAAUCUGUAGUUUCUCUGUUACCUUUUUGACUCAAGUGGGGGAGAGAGUGUGUGUAUCAAAUAUAGGAUGAAUGGGGACCGUGGUUAUAAUGCUAAGUUGGGUCCCUAUAUCAUGUGAAAGAUAUAAAGGCAAAGUAACCAUGCAGAGUAUUAUAUGUCGGUAGUAGUUGGCAUUAGAUCUCUCGAGUUUUACAGCUUUCAAGGUCUUGUCUUUAAGCUCCGGAUUGCUAGCAAGAUCUACAUUAAAUUUGAUUCCUGGUGUGGUGGUGGUAACUAAAUAGUUCUGAAACCAUGAAGCAUAAAGAUGGAAAAUACCAUUCACAACCUGAAAAACCUUUCAAGAUUGUCCCUGCAACAUUGCUUGUUAUCGUUCUAUGUGGGUUUUCUUUCUAUCUUGGUGGAAUCUUCUGUUCUGAGAAAAGUCGACUAGAGGGAAAGAGUGUGCAGGAUGUUUCCAAGACUGUUUCUUCUCCUAAGGAACCUGCAGUGGACCCCCUUCAAAUCAAAUCCAUGGCUUUCCCGGAAUGCAGCGCUGAUUUCCAGGAUUACACUCCAUGCACUGAUCCCAGGAGGUGGAGGAAGUAUGGUUCGCAUCGGCUUACUUUCUUGGAACGCCACUGUCCUCCGAUGUCGGAGAGGAAGCAAUGCUUGGUUCCACCUCCUGAUGGGUAUAAGCCACCUAUCAGAUGGCCAAAGAGCCGUGAUGAAUGUUGGUACAGGAAUGUGCCAUAUAACUGGAUCAAUAAGCAGAAAUCUAAUCAGAACUGGUUGAGGAAACAAGGAGAGAAAUUCCUGUUUCCUGGUGGUGGUACUAUGUUCCCUAGAGGUGUUGGUGCAUAUGUUGAUUUGAUGCAGGAUUUGAUCCCUGAAAUGAGAGAUGGCACGGUUCGAACUGCUAUUGAUACCGGUUGUGGGGUUGCAAGUUGGGGAGGCGAUCUAUUAGAUCGUGGGAUUUUGACAGUUUCUCUUGCGCCGAGAGAUAAUCAUGAAGCUCAGGUGCAGUUUGCAUUGGAACGAGGAAUACCUGCAAUUCUUGGUGUCAUUUCUACCCAGCGCCUUCCUUUCCCUUCAAAUUCGUUUGAUAUGGCUCAUUGCUCAAGAUGCCUUAUCCCAUGGACUGAAUUCGGUGGAAUAUAUCUCCUUGAAGUUCACCGCAUACUCCGUCCUGGUGGUUUUUGGGUCUUGUCCGGACCUCCUGUAAACUACGAAAACCGCUGGCGAGGAUGGAAUACAACUGUGGAAGAGCAGAAAUCUGAUUAUGAGAAGUUGGAGGGCUUGUUGACUUCGAUGUGCUUUAAAAUGUAUGCCAAGAAGGACGAUAUUGCUGUGUGGCAGAAAUCUUCAGAUGGUAGUUGCUACAAUAAGCUUGCUGAGCCAGAUGUCUACCCUGCCAAGUGUGAUGAUAGUCUUGAACCAGAUUCAGCAUGGUACACUCCACUCCGCCCGUGUGUUGUAGUCCCAAAGCCAGAACUUAAGAAGUCAGCUUUAGAGUCCCUGCCAAAGUGGCCAGAGAGGUUGCAAGUCGCACCUGAGCGCAUCUCAAAUGUUCCCGGUGGGAGUAGCAGUGCUUUAAAGCAUGAUGACGGCAAGUGGAAGGUCCGAGCCAAGCACUACAAAAAGUUACUCCCUGCACUUGGGACCAAUGAGAUAAGGAAUGUUAUGGACAUGAAUACAGUUUAUGGAGGUUUUGCUGCAGCUGUUAUUGAUGAUUCCCUGUGGACCAUGAAUGUGGUGUCUUCCUACGCUGCCAACACACUGCCUGUGGUCUACGAUCGGGGUCUUAUUGGAACUUUUCAUGAUUGGUGUGAAGCAUUUUCAACAUAUCCUCGAACAUAUGAUCUCCUUCACCUUGACGGCCUCUUCACAGCUGAGAGCCACAGGUGUGACAUGAAGUAUGUACUGUUGGAGAUGGACCGAAUCCUGCGACCCAAGGGUUAUGCAUUAAUACGGGAAUCAAGCUAUUUUAUUGAUGCAAUAGCCAGCAUUGCCAAGGGAUUGAAGUGGAGCUGCCAUAGAGAAGACACCGAAUAUGGUGUAGCCAAGGAGAAGUUAUUAGUUUGCCAGAAAAAGCUCUGGUAUUCCGCUAGCAGCAGUUCAAGAUGACAAUAUAUGUUUUGCCUGGUUAAGUUAAAAAGUACUAUAUAAUAUAAUAUUAUUGUUCUUCCAAGCGUAACGUUGGAGCUGAAAGAUGGAAGCUGCAUACGGAUACAAGCAUAUCCAUAGAAAUCAAAGAGCCUCUAGAUUCAUAUUCGUCCAUUGAAGGGUUAGCCUCCCCCCAAUAAUAGUUGAUUUUAUAGAUAUAUAUUCUUUGUAAGGCAUCUAUCUAUUCUAGACACAGAUUUUUAAUUUUUUUUUUCUUUAUUUUUUUUGUGGGCCUUAUUUUCUUUCUUCUAUAUGUUGUCAAUUUGGGAUGGCUGUGGAAAUAUUAUUAUUUUGUCACAUCCUUCCCAGUUGUGAUUUUACAAGUGUAAUGAAAACUAUUUCUGCUUUCCAAA